AUGGCUAGUGGAUGCCUUGGCCAACUUGGACAGGUGCCUUUAAACGCGCACGAGAUCUUUGCAUCACGACCUACACUUGAAAGGGAUGUAUAUGUACCUUCCUUUGCAGGCAUUUCCACAUUUGCUCAUUUACCUCAUGUUUCAUGUUGGGAAGAAGGUUCAAAUGAGGAUUAUGAUAUAGCCAUUGUGGGUGCGCCUUAUGACAUAGGAGUCACUUUUAGAACGGGCGCCCGAUUUGGUCCAUCAGGGAUUCGAGAGGGAUCAAAAAGGAUCAAGGGGUACAAUAAUGAAUUGCAUGUUCAUCCGUUUCAAUCAUGGGCUAAAGCUGUUGAUUGCGGAGAUAUUCCGUUUGAACCGUUUGACAGUGAGCAUGCGAUAUCACAAAUAGAAGCCUAUACGAAGUACGUCCUCACGCGCCCGCCUAAUAUGCGUACACCCAUUCCUCGCUUAGUUACUCUAGGAGGAGACCAUACGAUCCUGUUGCCUGUCCUGAGAGCCAUGCGACAGGUCCACGGGCGUCCAAUCGCGGUCAUUCAUUUUGACUCUCACCUAGACACAUGGGCACCCGAGAUCUAUAAUGUCAAAGCAAGGCAAAGCAAGUUUAAUCAUGGUAAUCCUCUGUACCACGCUGCCAAAGAAGGUCUCACUACAAAUGGAACGUCGAUGCAUGUUGGCAUUCGCUCGACAUUAUAUGAUAAAGAUGAUAUAGCACGCGACCAAGCACUUGGGUUUCAAAUGAUCAAGGCAAAUGAUAUUUUCACGCUGGGUGUUGAAGGUAUUGUCGAACGCAUGAAGCAGAUCCUAGGAAACGAUAAAGAAAUGCCAGUGUAUGUGUCGAUUGAUAUUGAUGUGGUUGAUCCAUCGAUGGCGCCUGCCACAGGAACACCCGAGACAGGAGGAUUCUUGACUAGAGAGAUGAAAUAUAUCCUUCGAGGAUUGAGUGGAUAUAAUAUUAUUGGACUGGAUAUUGUAGAAGUGUCACCAGCAUAUGAUACGCAAGCACAAUUAACUACAUUCUUGGCGGCAGAUUUGAUAUAUGAAGUGAUGUCAAUGAUGGUUCAAUAUGGAGAAUCAUAG